UGGUCCUAGUUUAUACUGGAUAUUUUGGUGUGGUACCCUGGCAAAUGCCCGGGAUGGACUCACCUCCGACGCUUUUCACGCAAUUUAAUGGAAAUCCUUGUCGCUUUACGUGUUAUCUAACAUACAAUAAAAGCCAACUACACGGCAGUGAUGGAGUAUUGUUUCACAAUCGCGAUUUACCUUCAACAAGAGACCUAAUGUCACUAAACAGAACUAAAAAGCAAAGAUGGAUGAUAUUUGGGCUGGAAAAUCCAAUGAACGUUCCAAGCCACGUUUCRAAUUUGAAUGGGAUAUUCAACUGGACUAUGAUGUACACUCGAAAUUCUGAUAUUUUCAGUACGUACGGGCUUUACAGGAAUCUCUCACCUAACGAAGUCCCAGAAAAUUACACUGACUACUCUAAGGGAAAACACAGACUUGUCGCGGUGGCUUUAAGCAAUUGCGGAAAACCAAGAGACAGGAUUGUGGCGAGGCUCACAGAGCUUCUUCCUGUGGCCAUAUUUGGACGAUGCAGUCGUCAUUUUCCAUUGAGAAAUAAUGCUGGAGAGCAAUGUCCAAAAGGGUCAUCCGUGUGCUCAAGUACACUCAGGAAGUUCAAAUUUUACCUUUCCUUUGAAAAUGCGCUCUGCAAGGAUUACAUAACUGAGAAGUACUGGGAAACGCCUUUCUUCCACGAUAUAGUACCAAUCGUCUACGGAUCCAACUACGAUUCUAAGAAUUCUAUUCCUGGUUCUUACAUCAAUGUUUUUGAUUUCCCUUCAGUUGAAGCGCUAGCGAAAUAUAUUCAAUUCCUGGACAAGAAUGACACKGCAUACAAUGAGUAUUUCAGCUGGAAGAGAAAAUAUCAGCGAAUUGAUCCCAACUGGGCUUGUCAACUGUGUGCAGACCUUCACAAUGAGAAUUUACCAGAAAAAGUACACAAGGAUCUGAGAGACUAUUGGAUAGAAAAAGACUCGUGCUCACAGAAUGAGGAUGCAUUGGUUGAUGACUUAGUAAAUGGGAAAAGGCAAGAGGGAAGUUCCAGUGGUUUAGACRGCAUAGACGAUGACGUAGAGAUCUUAGUGGAUGGUGGUGGGAAUCCGAUCGUACCUUUGUCAGGRUCUGAAUGGGAUUUUAAGUAGUAAGAAUAUAGGCAUUUUGCAUGAAACGUUCACAUGGUAGAAAAUCCGCCAAACCGGAUGACAAAAGAAUCUCAAAAGCAAAAGGAACGCAGCUUGUCAAGCUUGACUUUUCUUUGUUUUGCACAUCCCAAUGGGUAUAUUUUGCCCAUGCAAAAGGCCUAUUACUUGAGA